GCCAGAAUCUGUCCAGCGAGCCACCAAUGGAGCUAUAUGGGUUGCCAAAUCUGCAGGUUCUCGAGCUAGCUGAUAACUCAUUUUCCGGCAAUGUCUCAGAAGGUUUUAGCAGUUUGUUGAGCUUACAGGUCCUGAAUCUGACAUCCAAUGCCUUCUCUGGCAGCAUUCCAAUGACAUACGGGUUUCUCCAAUCUUUGGUGAUUCUCUCCCUAUCAGGCAACAACAUAUCGGGCGGGAUUCCAGCAGAGCUUGGUAACUGUUCCAAUCUUGAAGUAUUACAGCUUCACUCAAACCAUUUAACUGGUGGGAGACAGUUUGCAAAACAAAUGUACAGCUCUAAAAAGCUUGGUUGAAGUUUUCUAACCCAUCUUU